GAUACAUUUGCACUAUGGCGCCGUACUGUGAAUUCUGUUUGCUCCUCAUUUUCGGAAUCUUUCUCAACUCCGUUCUGGCAGCAGAUCCUUGUGCGAAUUACAAAACAAUUGAUGACCCCUAUCGCAGCGUCAAGUAUACGUUUGAUUUUAAAAGAGCAGCUCUUUGCGAUUGGAAUCUUGUUACUGACUGGUAUCGCUUCACGAGUUAUGUCGGAGGCACGAUUCCGACCACAAAACCCGAGCCGUACAUGUGUGGAACCGUGGCGCCCAUUUGGAUGAACGGGACACUUCCCACGACGGUGGGGGAUAAAGUAGAUGUGACGGCCUGUGUCAAUUACGAUAACAAGGACAACGGCUGCUACAUAAAGAUCCCUAUAUCUGUACAGAAGUGUAACGAACCCAAGGGUGAUUUCUAUGUCUACUUCCUCAGGCCACCAUAUGGUUGCGCUUUAUCGUACUGUGCAGGUGAUAAAAUGCCUACGCCAAACGGAUAUUUGGAUUUCCCGUAUUCUCUUCUCCCCAUGCCAAGUAUAACGUAUCAAAAACCAGCACAAGUUAAUAUCACCAUGCUCUGCCAGUUUGAGUUUCAACCUUGGACAAACGUUUCGUUUCAAGUCGAGUGGUUUGUAAAUGGGGUAAAUGUUACUAGAGACACGCCUUCCAGAAAUGGUAGUAUCUGGUUCAGCCCGCUACAGCACGGCAAAUAUUUUGUUGGAAAUAGACUUCAUUGCCGACUCCGUGCGAGGUACACGACACAUGCAAGCAACAAAUGGACAUCGUGGAAAGAAAGUGAAUCGUUUUACGUUGGGGUAGAGGUCUCUCCAAGCCAUGUACAAGUGAAGGAGUGUGAUACACAUCCCAACGUAACCGUCACCUUCCGCCUAACAGUUCCAGUUGUACCAUGCCCUGCUUACGGUCAAUCCAAUUUUUCAGCUAUUGUAUACGUGCCCGAAAAGUUUAAAGACAGCCUAGCAGAAACUAUAGUGGACAAGUGUUUGCUUAAACUAGAAUACAAUAGAACGGAGACACUGCAGAUCAAGGCAGUCUGUGACAGAUUAGAUGACGGCACAAAUAUACUCGAUUAUCACUUCAAACAAUCUGUGAUGACCCACCCAUUUUGGAAAGAUUACAGUUUGCCUUCUUUAAGGGUUACCGUUAACGACACAUCGAUUGCCAUGUGCAGAUCAAGUGGAGACCCUCACUACAAGACUUUCGAUAACUUGGGAAGGACUUAUGAUUAUUUUGGGACGGGCGAUUAUGUGCUUUACCGUAACAAAGAACGUGGAUUUGAAGUUCACACUCGUCUAUGGCUUUGUGCUCACAAUCACGGUCGAGAUAUAACAUGUAAUUGUGGCGUAGCAAUUCGUGAAGGAAACGAUGUCAUUGUCUUCUCUACUUGUAACGACGAACUUAUUUACAACCAACCGACUAAGCUGAUAUCGAAGAUCCGAAGUAAAGGGAAUCUAGCACCAGGAACCCACAUCUACAAAAACAACACAGGGAGUCAAACAAAAUACACUGUAAUCUUACCUUCUGGGACACGUAUUAUAGUCGAGAGACGUGGUUGGAGUGUAUUAGAUGUAUUUCUUUAUGCUCCUCAAAGCGACCGAAACACCACGGAAGGUCUUUGUGGUAAUUUCAACAAUGACCAAGACGAUGAAUUCAAACACGGAGGAGAUGGAAAAGAACACAGCGACGCAGACUCCUUUGCUAGGAGUUGGAGAAUAAAGCGAGAGGAAAGCUACUUCGUUGCCCUUCCGCCUCAUGAACCGCAAGUUUACAAGGGGGAGUUUUGUCACUGUGAAUUUGAUAAAAUAUUUAAAAGCAACACAUGCAAGAACACGUCAACCAUUCAUACACGACGUCUCCGCAGCCUUGGAAAGAAUAUAAAUUUAGAAUUGAAUCGUAUAAAGCGCUCAGUUGAAGACUCAGUGUACAGCGAUGAUAUCAUCGAUCACGAGGAAAGGGGCUUUUUUGUGGAUCAGAAAGACCUGGAAUAUACUCAGAUUCGUAUUCGCAGCAGAAGGAGCAUAGGAAAGGAACCUAUUUCCAAAGAGAACGCCACAAAGAUCUGCAAGUCGUUUAUUGAAGACUCUGUGACUGGAAAAGUGUGCAAGAGAGUUUCAGGGAUAGAAUUUUCAUCAUUUAUAAAGGACUGCGUAUUUGACCUUCAGGUCACUGGAGACAAAGCGUUUGCUGGUUCGGCGUUUUCCGCCAUGCAAGAACAAUGCGAAGAUUCCGUUUUGAGAAAUGUAUCCAUGUACAAGAGAGGCCGCGAUGGAAUGUUGCAGCCAGCAAAAGAAAUAGUAGAUAAAUUGUGCCCUGACGACUGCAAUGGUCAUGGCAAAUGCCGUGAGAGGAUAUGCACCUGUGACGAGGGAUAUACCGGAGCCGACUGCUCUUUGCUCAAGAACGCGGUACCAGAACUUCUUGGCAUCUAUGAUGGUGGUCUGUGUGACAUUAGAAAACGACCUUGUAAGAAAACGGACAUUUUGGGAGAAGGAUUCAUCGAUUCAGAAAAUCUCACUUGUCAUUCAACUGAAUUCAAGGUUUUUGGAGAUAAUUGGGCGCCAAGUACCACAUCCAACAUUUUACCGGGAGAGUUGAAUGAGGUAUCUAGUGUGAAAUGCGAUCUUCCCGACCCUCCUACUAAACUGAAUGACUACGACAACCCGGGCACGCCUGCUGGGGGUCUGUUCAUCAAGAUCUCCAACAACAAGAUUGAUACGAGUGCUCGCGCGAUGAGAUUUGUCUCGUAUGACUCGCUCUGCCUCAAGUGUGAAAACACAAGGACAUGCGUACUCAAGGAAGAUUCGUGCAUCAUAAACGGACACUGUUUUGCACUAAAUGAUGCUAACCCAAGGAAUUGGUGUCAACAAUGUUUGCCAUCGAAAACACAGUUUGCUUGGAGCCCACAUAAGGACAAUCACCCACCAAAGUUUACGACACCAUCUACACGUUACGCCCUUGUGGGAGAGGAGCUCCCUCUGCAAAUACAGGCGAUAGACACAGACGGCCGCCCCGUCACGUACUCCCUCGCUAGCACUAACGCCCAAGGGUACACCUUCACCGCGAGUGGCCUACUCAAAUACACGAUGCCUUCAACGGAAAGUAAAACCUUUACUGUGGUUGCUAUCGACGAGUGCGGUGCUAAAGAUACCAUGACCAUCACACUUAAGGCAUUGACGUGUCCUUGUAUAAACGGCGGGGUAUGCCAUCCCCACCCAUACCACCCACGGGGAUCUGGUCGGUAUACAUGCACCUGCCCGGAGGGUUUUACCGGAAACCUCUGCGAGACUAGUCUCUCUAACGGGAGUUUUGAUGAAAACUUCUGCAAGGAUAAGCCGCAUGGCCACUAUCCCCACCCAACAGACUGCACCAAGUUCUACCAAUGUGACGCCUUCCACAGGGCGUUCCUUCAUAACUGUCCUGCUGGGCUAAAAUGGAACGUCAAGGCGAACGCGUGUGACUGGCCACGAAACGUGGACUGUAAUAACCAUCGCACUUAACCAAAGACGCCACCAAAACCGGCAUCCAAACCGCUGGAUGUGCGCAGGCUAGCUUAGGCAAUACAUUCCAAGCCUUUGGUAUUAAUAAUAAUAAUUAUUGGGAUUAAAAAUAAUAUCUAUCUGCACCAGGUGUUUUAAAAUGAUAGCCAAGGUGUGUAGACAUAAUAAUAAUUCAAGUUGUGUAAUAGUCAAAUGAAAACUUGGAAGCUUAAUAUUUUGUAUCCCCUUCAGCAUUUGUAAAGCUACUAUAAGCGCAAUAAAAACACCCAAAAUGCUCAGGAAAA